AACGAGCUCAAAGAUGUGCGAUACUUGAAAGCAUUCUGGACAUCAAUAAUUCAUCAACGGAAUCAGUUAUCCGUCAAGGAAAUGUUUGAUGAUAGAUCCCUUCACCUUGUAGAAUUUGCCGGAAGAUCACAGAUCCAAGGAAUCGAGAAUUUAUAUAAUUUGUCACCAAUAAAAGAACAAACAAAAAACGCGAGCGAUGGGAUUCUAGAUAACUCCCAACCACCAUUAAAAAGGCUAAAGAAAGACCAACCGGUGUUGGCAGAAGAUGAGCUUGCCACACCCGCUGAACACCCAACUCUUCAACAUGACAGGCAAGAAAAUUUGAUUCGAGAGAAAAUUACAGGUUUAGAGAAUGUAGAUGAUGGUCGUACGUACAAGCGUCACAGGUCACAGACUCCGAAUAAUGAG